AUGUUUAUCAUGGUGAUGUUCGGAGCUGGGUGCUGGGAGCUGGUGAACAUCUGGUGCAGCCUCGGGACCCUCACCGCCCACCUGAGGCAGAGGUGCCAGGUGCCCCCUGACGCAACCAUCGCCCUGCUGGCUGAGGACGGGCACCUGGUCAACCUCGUGGAGGGGCUGGAGGAGGGGCCUUCCCCGGUGCCCUCCGUGGCCAGCCCCCCACAGCAGGAGCGGGGAACCUAUGUCCUGGUGCAGAUCAUCAAGGGGGAGGGAGGGGACCCCAUGCACUAUGAGUCCCUCCUGGAGAACCUGGAUGCGUGGUGUCCAGAGCUGGCUGAGGAGCUGCGCUGGCGGUCGGGCCUGCCCCCCCAGGGUGACGGCCAGAGGUGGCACCUGGGCACUCAGCGUGGCCACCAGGAGCAAGGCCCUCCUUCACGGCCCCGAAGGGUGGGCUCCCUGCUGUCCUGCACCCAAGAGCCGGGGCCUGGAGCCAGGCCCCGUGAACUGGCACAUCAUGGCCAAGUGGCCGAGCUGGACUGA